AUGACCCUUUCCACCCCACGGACGAGGAGACCCCGCGGGGGGUCAGGGGUCGCGGGAGCCCCCGGAGCGCCCCACGCCCCCGAGUUGAGUUUUGGGGGCGGGGGCGGCGGCUCCUCCUCCUCUUCCUCCUCCUCCUCCUCCUCCUCCUCCUCCUCCUCUUCCUCCUCCUCCUCCUCGUCGGCGGCGCCGCCCAAGGAGGCCGAAGGGCGGCAGGACCAGAAGUACGACCCCUUCGACCCCACCGGCUCCAACCCCAGCUCGUCCCGCAGCAGCCCCAGCCCCGCCGAGGAGGAGGAGGAGGAGGAUGAAGAGGAUGAAGAUGAGGAGGAUGAUGAGGAGGAGGAGGAGGAGGAAGGGGAGGCGCGGGCGCUGCCGGACGUGUCGCAGAGCAUCAGCCGCAUCUCGCAGACCUUGGCCGGCAUCUACGACGACAACAGCCUGAGCCAGGACUGCGAGAAGGACCCCGAGCCCCCCAAAACGCCCCCCAACCCGCCCGGCGCCGACUCCACCCUGCCCGGCGACGACGAGGAGGACGAGGAGGAGGAGGAGGAGGAGGAAGAAGAUGAAGAGGAGGAUGAAGAUGAGGAGGAGGAGGAGGAGGAUGAAGAGGAAGGCUCGUCGGAGCCGCGGCGCCGCGUGUUCGUGGUGGGGCUGGGGGGCUCGGGCCGCGCCGGCGGCGAGACCACCCUCGGUGGGGCUGGGGGCACAGGAGGGGGGGCAGCGACCCCCAGGCUGGACGGCAAAGUGUCCCUCGAGGUGGUGACCCGGGCAACCCCAAACCCGCCCCACCCCAGCGGCGCCCACCCCCAGCCCCGCGGGACCCCGGCGGGACCCCCAAAGCGGCAGCGUCGGCAUCGUCCGGGGCGGCCCCGGGCGCGGCCGCGAGUGGAGCGCGCCGGGGACGCCUCGGAGGUGGAGGAGGGCGAGAUCGUGCCGGCCGAGGAGGAGCGGCCCUUCAGUCCCCUGCGGCUCUUCCGCGGCUCCGGGAGCGCCGCCGGCGCCGGGGGUGGCAUCGCCGGGGGUGGUGGCGGCAGCGUUGGUGGCAUCGCCGUUGGUGGCAUCGGCGUUGGUGGCAUCGGCGUCGGUGGCAUCGCCCGCGGGCGAGCCCCGGAGCCGCGCCCGCCGCGCCUGCCCGAGGGCGGCGACGACUUCUUGUCCCUGCACGCCGACUCGGACGAGGAGGCCGAUUUUGGGGCCGAGGCGCAGCCGGACCCGCGCUGGAAGAGCGGGACGAGCGGAAUCCUCGCGGGCGGCCCCCCUGUCGUCGUCCCCUCGGACCUGCGGCGCAAGAUCCUGAGCCAGCGGCGCCUCCGGGCUCCCCCCUCGCCGCCCUCGCCGCGCUCGCCCUCGGCCCCGGCCCGCAAGAAGCCCAAGCGCGACCACCGCGACCGCAGCGCCCGCGGCGGCCGCUCCUCCUCGUCGUGGGGGUCGUCCAAGAAGCCCCCCGAGCCGCCGCCUCCUCCCCCGGCCCCGCUGCCUUCAUCGUCGUCAUCAUCCUCGAAGGGCAAGGAGCGCGGCGGGCGCCGCGGCGGGCUCGGGCUCGGGUCCCGCUCCCGCUCCCGCCGCUCCCGCCGCUCGUGGUCGCGGCGUUCGCGGUCGCGGGAGAAGCGGCGGGGCCGGCGCUCGUCGGGCAGCGGCUCGGGCCGCUCGCGGGGCCGCAAGGACAAGGACAAGGACCGGGACAAGGACAGGGGAGCAGGAGAGGGCCGGGAGCGCGAGCGGCGCCGCGGGGAGAAGAAGAAGAAGAAGCAGCAGCAGCGCUCGCGGUCGCGGGAGCGCCGCGGCUCCCGGCGCGACUCCAAGGGGGACAAAGCCACGACAACGACCACGACCACCACGACGGUGACGGCGAUGCCGUCGGUCCGGCGCAGGGAGCCCCGCGCGGUGGUGCCGCCGUCGGUGCAGGAGCUGAGCGACUCGGCGCUGUUCGCCAUCAAGAGGACCAUCACGGUGAGCCGGCGCUCCGGCGGCUCCCCCGAGCCCCGCCGGGAGGUGCUCUACGACUCCGAGGGGCUCAGCUUCGAGGGCUUCUCCUCCGACCGAGAGCCCGCAGAGCCCCCCGCCCGCAAGGGGGGCUGCGCCAGGGUGGGCACCGGGAGCGGCACCGGGAGCGGCGGCGAGCGCAGGGACAAGGAGCGCAAACGCGGCCGCGCCGAGGACAGAGCGGCCAGCAGGGACAAGCACAAGAAGAAGUUCAAGGAGUACCCCGAGGAGGUGGCGAUGACGGCGCUGUCGUCGUCGUCGGACGGCGGCAAAUCCAAGGAGAAGGCGGCGCGGGAGAAGGGCGCCCGCAAAGCCAAGGCGGUGACGGCAGCGGGGACCCGCAAGGAGGCGGCGGUGGCGGGGACGGGGACGGGGGCACCCAAGGGUGCCACCAACGCCACCCCCAGCACCACCAGCGCGGCCCCCGCGCGGAAGGUGAAGCUGCAGUCGAAGGUGUCGGUGCUGAUCCGAGAGGGCGUCACCUCCACCACGGCGCCCGCCAAGGAGGGGGCAGCGGGGGUGACAGCGGCGGGAGGAGGAGGAGGAGGAGGAGGAGGAGGAGCCAUCGCCGGCAUCGCCGUCAAGUUCGCCCGCGACGCCGAGAGCAGAGCGCCCUUCCUCAAGGCCGGGGGGCUCCCCAAGGCCGGGGGGCUCCCCAAGGGCGACGCCGCCCCCCGGGGAGGGGACAGGGACGGCGGCGCGGCCGCCCCCCCCUCCAAGAGCCGCAAGGCCAAGCCCCCCAAGGGCAAGGGGGGCACCAAGAAGCCCCCCAAGGGCAGCAAGGCCAAGGGCGAGGGGCGCAAGAAGAGGAAGGCCAAGGGGGUCAAGGGCACCCUCAAGAAGUCCAAGGCCGACAGCUGCGCCACCCCCCGCUCCUCGCUGUCCCCCCCCCCGCUGCCCGCGCCCCCCUCGGCGCCGGGAGACCCCCUCCACGGGCGGCCCGAGGUGGAGCCCCUGGUGCCCCCUCCCAAAGCCCCCAGGUCGGGGGCGGGGUGGCGACGGAGCCCCGAGCGGGAGGUGACCCCCGACUCGCAGACCGUCGACAGCAGCUGCAAGACCCCCGACGUGUCCUUCCUGCCCGAGGAGGGGGGCGCCGCCAACGACCCCCCCGCGCCCCCCCCGGGCCAGGGGCUCUGGGAUGGCGGGGACCCCAGGCCGGGCUGGGGGCGCCGGGAGAGCCCCGAGGCUGACAGUCGCUGCCAGGGCAAGGACGACGCCACCAGCACGGGCACGGGGACGGGGACGGGCACGGGGAGACCCGGGACCGCCCCCGCGGAGCGCCCCCGCCCACCACCACCACCACCCCACGCCGUGGAGCUCCAGGGGCGUCGACUGCGCCACCAGCGGCGUCCUGGCACGUGA